AAAAAAAAGUACAAAACAUACAACAGCGGGGAUUCGCCAGUGGUCACCCGCCUGACUACUAGUCCGCCGGUCGAAAGCUUAACGUGCGGAGAACAAACGAGAUCCAGUGGUCGUAUGUGGAAGAAUGCUGAAAAUUUGAAGUUCAGAGACUCGGUUCCAAGAGCACAAAAGGGAAACGAAUGGAGCAAAAGGCUUCUAAUACACACGAAAAGAUCAAGAAUAGACGGAGAUGAGCAUAAGGUCGUCUACUGUGCAAGGGAUAAGGGGCGUAGGAUUGUUGUGGCAGAUCUAGUCUUGUUCAUUAGAAACACAUGGACUGUUUCGGAUGCGCGGACGGAAUGUUGA